AAGGUAUUGAAGCCCGGUACAGCAGUGGAAGAGACCGUCGGAAAAUAUAUGACCCCACUUUGAAGGCCUCUACAAUUAGACAAGGAGGGGACUCCAUUGAAGUUUUUUAUGGAACGAUAGUGUCAGUCUGGAAGGAGAUUGAUCGGAGGGAUCCUAAUCCCAUGAGGUGCGCAGAGGAUAUCACCAUCUACAGCAACCUCGUUCAAAAAAAUAGACUGUACCAAUUCUUGGCCGGAAUCAAUGAUGGCCUCUAUAAGGAGAGAAGGGACCUUCUUAACCAGGAUCCCCUGCCCACAGUGGAGCAAGCAUACACGCAGAUACGCCGAGAGGUCAUCAAACGCGGCAUUAUGGGGGCGGACUCUCCAUUGGGAAAUAGUCCCUCAGAGAUUGGAUCUAGCCUUGCAACAAAGGGAAGGCCGGAAAACCCCCGGGCCCGGAAAGACAGCAAAACUAACUUCAUUUGCACCCAUUGUGGUGGGACUCGUCAUACUAAAGAAGGUUGUUUCAAAAUUAUUGGUUACCCGGAGUGGUGGCCAGAGCUGAAGAAGAGAGCCAAAGAAACUCCCCUGACCGAAAAAGGCAAAGGUGGACACAAGGACGGAAAGGCCAACUUUAGUGGCUCAGUUGCUGUUCCGGAGGGAAAGGAUGAGACCGGAGGCAUGGCAAACAUCCAAGGAUUCUCAGACGGGGAGGAUUAUUGGGCGUGGUACUGAGAGAGGUGGGCUUUACUACAUGGAUACGGUAGCUACAAAGAGUCACACACUACUUGCUCAUGAAUCCGUGGAAGAACAAAUUUGGAUGUGGCACCGGCGUUUGGGGCAUCCUUCACUUGGGUACCUUAAAUGCCUCUUUCCUUCACUUAGAUCAUCUGAAACGUCUUUGGAGUGUGAAACUUGUGUGCUUGCUAAUAAUCAUAAACAAUCUUA